GCAGGCGCACCGGGUGCCCCGGCUCCGGAGCAUAAACAAGAACGGGGACGGGAUGAGGCGGCGGUUGAUCCCAGGGUGGCGCGUGGCGGCGACCGAGGCGGCUAGCGGGGCCCGGCGCCGACCCUGAGUGCAGCCUGACCCGCCCUCGCGCGCGCGCGCCCUCCUCGGCCGGGCCCACUCGCCGCGCGCCCAGCCAUGAACCUGGCGAGCCAGAGCGGGGAGGCCGGCGCCGGCCAGCUACUCUUCGCCAACUUCAACCAGGACAACACAGAAGUGAAAAGGGCAUCAAGAGCAGCUGGUCUUGGCCGUCGCGCUGUUGUCUGGUCCCUAGCUGUUGGUAGUAAGUCCGGUUAUAAAUUUUUCUCCCUUUCUUCUGUGGAUAAGCUGGAACAGAUCUAUGAAUGCACCGAUACGGAAGAUGUGUGCAUCGUAGAGAGAUUGUUCUCCAGCAGCCUAGUGGCCAUUGUGAGCCUUAAAGCACCGAGGAAGCUAAAGGUUUGCCACUUUAAGAAGGGAACUGAGAUCUGCAACUACAGCUACUCCAACACGAUUCUGGCUGUGAAGCUCAACAGGCAGAGGCUGAUAGUAUGCCUGGAGGAGUCCCUGUACAUCCACAACAUUCGGGACAUGAAGGUGCUGCAUACGAUCAGGGAGACGCCUCCAAACCCUGCAGGCCUGUGUGCGCUGUCAAUCAACAACGACAACUGCUACUUGGCGUACCCAGGGAGCGCGACCAUCGGAGAGGUGCAGGUCUUCGACACCAUUAAUUUGAGAGCUGCAAACAUGAUUCCGGCUCACGACAGUCCUUUAGCGGCAUUGGCCUUUGACGCAAGUGGAACUAAACUUGCCACGGCUUCAGAGAAGAUGUUCAUGUCUGUCUCAUCAUCUGCAGAUCUGAUAUUAACUUACUGGGGGAAGUUGUCGUCUUCAAGACACUUCCCAUUAAAGCAGGGGACCGUGAUUAGGGUAUUUUCCAUUCCAGAAGGACAAAAACUCUUUGAGUUUCGGAGAGGAGUGAAGAGGUGCGUGAGCAUCUGCUCCCUGGCCUUCAGCAUGGACGGCAUGUUCCUCUCCGCCUCCAGCAACACUGAAACCGUGCACAUCUUCAAACUUGAGACUGUGAAAGAAAAACCCCCAGAGGAGCCCACCACCUGGACCGGGUACUUCGGUAAAGUGCUCAUGGCCUCCACCAGCUACCUGCCUUCCCAAGUGACAGAAAUGUUCAACCAGGGCAGAGCCUUCGCCACGGUCCGCCUGCCAUUCUGCGGCCACAAAAACAUCUGCUCGCUAGCCACAAUUCAGAAGAUCCCGCGCUUGUUGGUGGGUGCCGCCGACGGGUACCUGUACAUGUACAACCUGGACCCCCAGGAGGGCGGCGAGUGCGCCCUGAUGAAGCAGCACCGGCUGGACGGCAGUCUGGAAACGACCAAUGAGAUCUUGGACGCUGCCUCUCAUGACUGCCCCUUAGUCACUCAGACAUACGGCGCAGCUGCAGCAAAAGGUACUUAUGUGCCUUCAUCCCCAACGAGACUUGCCUACACAGACGACCUGGGUGCUGUGGGUGGUGCCUGCCUGGAGGACGAGGCCAGCGCCCUGCGCCUGGAUGAGGACAGCGAGCACCCGCCCAUGAUUCUUCGGACUGACUGAAUUUGACCUGUGACCUCUGACCCGCGGAGCAGAGAACACUGGCUUCACAGAGGACUUUGUGCACUGCUGCUAUGAACUUUGACCUGAGUCGGGGGAGAGGAUGGCAGAGACUUUAUUUAAAAAAAAAAAAAAGAUUGUAGUGGUAGUCUAACUCCAUAACGCUGAGGAAAUACAUCGUUUUCACUUCAGUGGCUUUUAAAUCCUGCUUAUGAAUUCUAGCAUUUUGUUUGUUUGUUUUCUCUUUUUGCCAAAAUUAACUGUUUGGUGAAGCCCGCAAAACCUCCUCGCUUUGCAUGCAUGAACGUGCCAAGCCAGCAUAGGGGAGCUAGAAGCCACUUUCCAGCCACCUGCCGUUGGGUUUUUUAAUAUCUGUACAUAAUGCUGAGUGUGUAAGGAAGGCAUGGCGGCGCGCACAGUGGGUCUGGUUGUCGAGGCCAGUUCUGCAGUGACAGGCCCAGGGGCUGCCUACCAGGUGUGCUGGGCAGACUUUGGCUGGGGCAAGAGUCCUCUCUCCCUAGGGCCCCACCUGGACCAUUUUCCCUCCGUUUUAUUUUAUUAAAUUCUUUCCAAAUUGGAUCACUCUGGGAUUUUUUCCAUGGUGGACUUUUGUUUCUGAUCUUGUUUUCCAUGUGGAUAUUGGAGGAGAGCGAGGUUCUUUCUGAUACUAAAAACCUUUCUUUCAGGCAGCAAAUGAACCUGAAAGGUUGCCUGGACUCCCUAGAGCAAAGGAAAGCGAUUUUGUUUGUGUAAUUAAAUGAUCUGUUCUUCUACUUUA